AUGGACGAUCUGCGUCAGUUGAACAGUAGGGAUCCACAGACGUAUAACAUUGAGGCAUUGGCAGCCAAGUUUCAUAUAUCGCAUGAUGCUGUGAAGCGUAUAUUGAAAUCCAAGUUUAAGCCUGACCAGGAGAUUGCACGUCGACAAGAAGACAAGCGCUAUAAAGCCAUGGGUGAACGCCAACGAGCAUUUCGGAAACAUGACAACAAUAAUGCAACAGCCAAAGGAUCACGAGGUGGUUCAUCUCAACAACUACCAUAA